GGCCAGACGUCUCUUAUCCAACAUCAACUCUAGACUCAAGAUCACACACCGCAACAAGAUAAUACAUAAGAGAUAAGAAAAUAAAGUGCCACCAUGGAGGUUACAUUCAAAGCAGUGAAGAAAAGCCCUGGGAUCAUCAUUUGGAGAGUGGAGAACAUGGAGCUGGCAGUGGUCCCAGAAAAGUCCCAUGGGAACUUUUUUGAAGGAGAUUGCUACAUCCUUCUAUGGACGCAGAAGGUGUCCUCUGCUCUCAGUUAUAACAUUCACUUCUGGAUUGGCUCAGAGUCCAGUCAGGAUGAGCAGGGGGCAGCUGCGGUCUACACCGUGCAGCUGGACGAGUACCUGGGCUCCACUCCAGUGCAGUACAGAGAGGUACAGGGGUAUGAGUCUGACACCUUCAAAGGCUACUUCAAAACAGGCAUCAUCUAUAAAAAAGGAGGCAUCGCUUCUGGAAUGAAACAUGUGGAAACCAACACAUACGACAUUAAGAGACUGCUGCAAGUCAAAGGCAAGAAGAGAGUCUGUGCCAAAGAGGUGGACAUGAGCUGGGAGAGCUUCAACACUGGAGAUGUGUUUCUUCUGGAUCUUGGACAAACCAUCAUCCAGUGGAAUGGGCCAAAGAGCAACAGACAAGAGAAACUCAAAGGCAUGGUGAUGGCUAAAGACAUACGUGACAGAGAGCGUGGGGGUCGGGCAGAGGUCCGGAUCAUAGAGGGGGACGCAGAGGACGAGGCGCCCCGGGUGAUGGAGCUGAUGACAGAGGCUCUGGGGGAGAGGAGCGGGGACCUGCCUGACGGAGCUCCAGACGAGACCGCCGACCAGGAGCAGAAAUCACAGCUCACUCUGUACCAUGUGUCCGAUGCAGACGGUCAGAUGAAAGUGACUGAAGUGGCCUCGAGGCCUCUGGUUCAGGACCUGCUCAACCAUGAUGACUGCUACAUUCUGGAUCAGGGAGGGGCCAAGGUGUUUGUGUGGAAGGGCAAGAAAGCAAGCAAAGAGGAGAGACAGGCGGCCAUGUCCAGGGCUGUUGAAUUCAUCAAAACAAAGAGCUACCCUCCGUCCACAAACAUCGAGACGGUGAAUGAUGGUGCGGAGUCGGCUCUGUUCAAACAGCUGUUCCAGAAGUGGACCGUCAAAGACCAGACUCAAGGCCUGGGCAAAGUCAACUCCAGAGGCAAAGUGGCACAAAUCACUCCAGAGAAGUUUGAUGCUUCUCUGAUGCAUGUGAUGCCAGAGGUGGCCGCUCAGGAGAGGAUGGUGGACAAUGGGUCAGGUGAAGUCGAGGUGUGGAGGAUUGAGGAUCUGGAGCUGGUGCCAGUGGAUCCAAAGAUGCAUGGAUACUUCUAUGGAGGGGACUGUUACCUGAUACUGUACACAUACCUGGUCAACAGCAAAAAGUGCUACCUGCUCUACAUGUGGCAGGGCCGUAAUGCCACCCAGGACGAGCUGGCGGCGUCCGCGUUUCAGGCAGUAGAUCUGGAUCAGAAAUACGGAGGAGAGCCAGUGCAGGUCCGGGUCACCCAGGGGAAAGAGCCAAAACACUUCAUGGCCAUGUUCAAAGGCAAAAUGGUCCUGUUUAUGGGUGGUACCUCUCGCAGCAGUGCCACAGAAGAGGAGCCUCCUGUCCGACUCUUUCAGAUCCACGGCACCGACGCCUUCAACACUAAAGCCAUCGAAGUCCAGGCUCAGGCUGCCUCCCUCAACUCUGGAGACGUGUUUCUGCUCAAGAGCGAGAGCGCCCUCUACCUGUGGUGUGGGAAGGGCUCCAGUGGUGACGAGAGGCAGAUGGCCCGGGAGGUAGCAGCUGUGAUCGGGCAGGCUGGCUCAGAGGAGCUGGUGGCCGAGGGGCAGGAGCCGGUGGAGUUCUGGGAGCUGCUCGGAGGAAAGGCCCCCUACGCCAAUGACAAAAAGCUGCAGCAGGUUGUCCCAGACCACCAGCCACGUCUCUUUGAAUGCUCCAAUAAAACGGGACGCUUCAUCGUCUCAGAGAUUGCUCAGUUCACUCAGGACGACCUCAGUGAGGACGACGUCAUGCUGCUCGACACAUGGGACCAGGUUUUCUUAUGGAUCGGUAAAGAUGCCAAUGAGGAAGAGCGAAAGGAGGCUAUAACAACUAGUCAGGAAUACCUCCGCACCCACCCAGGAGACAGGGACCCAGAGACUCCAAUUGUACUCAUCAAACAGGGAUUCGAACCACCAACCUUCACGGGCUGGUUUGCCGGAUGGGACCCAAACAAGUGGAGCGGAGGAAAGAGCUAUGAGGAACUGAAGAAGGAGCUCGGAGAGGAGGCGGAGCCCGAAGUGGUGACUGAGGAGAUUCAGGAUGUCCCUGAAGAGGAGAAAACCUAUGAUCCUUUUCCUCUUGAUGCUCUGAUCAACAAACAGCCUGAUGAGCUGCCAGAGGGAGUGGACCCAUCCAAGAGAGAGAAGCACCUCUCGGACGCAGACUUUAGUGAGUUAUUUGGGAUGACCAAAGAGGAGUAUGACGCCAUCCCGCAGUGGAAACAGCUCAAACUGAAGAAAGAGAAAGGGCUUUUUUAGAUUAUAACCAUUUUUAUUUAUUUUUCAUUGUGUGUGACAGAUUUCUUUUAUACACUAUUUUAGAUGAAAACCACAUUUUGAAUCUUUUAAAACUGUCAAAGUUUCAUGUCAAAUAAGUGUAGCUCAGGGCAUUCUUUCUAACAGGCAAAACUAUUCACAGAUGUAAAUAAUAGCCUCUGUCACUGAAAAUAUCUGCAUGUUUGUACUGACAAUGGGCUGAAGCACUUUCA